AUGUGCUCCCUGAGCUUGAAUGUAGGCACUGCAAAGAAGAAUCAAGGAAUCCCAGAGAUAAUAAAAAAAGCAGGUUAUCUCACGGAAACUCACGUUGUAACAACGGAAGAUGGCUAUAUUUUGACAUUACAUCGUAUCCCAGGUGGCAACGGCUCUCUACCUGUAUUACUGGUACAUGGUGCUAUUAACGAUGACAUUAUUUGGAUCGUUCUUGGUAAAGGCAAAGCACUCGCUUAUCUAUUAGCGGAUCAGGGAUAUGAUGUUUGGUUGGCUAAUUUGCGUGGUACUACUUAUUCGAGAAAGCACAUUUCCCUAUCACCAUCAGAAUUGAAAUAUUGGAAUUUUAGCUUUCACGAAGAAGGCAUCUAUGAUGUACCCGCAAUGGUUACAUACAUCACGAAUAUGAGAUCACAACCUUUGCACGCGUACAUUGGCCAUUCUAUGGGUACAUCAGUAUUUUACGUAAUGGCAACAGAGCGUCCAAAAAUUGCUAAAAUGGUGAAAAUGAUGAUCAAUUUCGGAGCAGGAGCUUUCGCAGAUCAUAUGAAAAGUCCACUACGACCAAUAUUUUACAUGAUGAAAGAUAAUGAGGUACGCUGUAAGUAA